UCAGUCGCGCACCCGGACGUGCCGCCUGUAGUGCUGCUUGCAGCCGGUGACAUCCGAGCCAAAGAGAGCCGCAGAUGAAGACGACACGAGCUGUGCAGCUGCUGCUGGCGCUGUGCGCCGCGGCGGCGCUGACGGGCGCGCUGCCGCAGCGAGCGCCCCGCGACGGUGCCACCUCGCCUGCCAUCCAGUGGCUCUGCCAGCGUUCGGACUGCUCCUGUCAGGACCGCGGCGGCCUCGAAGAGGUCACGUGCGACUGCAGCAGCGUCGAAGAGCAGCAGCCGCUGAUGCUGGGUGACGCCACAGCCUUCGUGUCGGACCGCACGAGGGUACUGGAGGUACGCAACUGCAGCCAGGUGACGUUCGUGGCGCGGGCGCUCUCCAACGCCAUAUCGCUGACGGAGCUGCGGCUGACCGACGUGGACCAGCUGGUGCUGCGGGAGCGCUGCCUGCACACUGACCGGGUGCCGCACCGACGCAUCUCGCUGCGCCGCGUCGCCAACCUGACGGCUGAGCCGGACGCGAUGCACCUGACCGGCGAAGUGCUUGAGCUGGACACUGUUGUCGCCGAGCGGCUGGCGCGCGCCGCCUUCGGGCCCGGCUCCGACCUCAUCGACCUACGCCUGGCCAACAGCCACGUCGAGGAGGAGGCCGAACUGCGCCUGGCCCAGGCGGUCAACGUCAGCGUCGUCAACAGCACGCUCGGUGCGCUCAGCAUCGAGGUGGACGAGGUGCUGGACGUGGUCGUGCGCAACAGCAGCGUGGGCCGGCUGGAGACGCUGCGUCUCAACCUUCGGCCCAACUUUUCGCCCGAGCCCAGCCGGCUGACGAUUGUCAACAACAACAUCACGUCCUUUGACUCGGACGAGGUCGGCAUGAUCAUCGACGAGUUCCGGCUGCGCGACAACACCAUCGGCAACCUGACCGCGGAGAUGACGGGCAGCUUCACCACGGCGGAGGUGGUGGACAACACCAUCGGCUGGCUGGGCAACCGCGUGUUCGCCGCGUUCGAGCGGCGCGACGCGCUGGACCCACGCGGGCCCCAGACCGCGCAGCCGCCCGCCAAGUACGCCUUCACAUUCGGUGGUAACCGGCUGCACGCGCCCGCCAACGGCACUUUCGGGCGUAUCCUGAGCCAGGACAACGAGGAGACGGUGCCGCUGUACCGCAUAUACGGUAACCAAUUCGGCUGCCGCUGCGAGGCGCUGGCUGAGCUGGUGGAGGUGGGCGACCGCGCCUUCCUGGCGUCCACCAACGCGUCGCGCGAGGACGACGACGACGUGGUCACCGGCGACGCUGCGUACAGGCUGCUGUACGAGCGCGGCACGUGCCUGGGCGACGGCCGGCCGCUCAGCCAGUUCCGUCUGGCCGCCUACACGUCCGACUACGCCUGCCUUGGGGAGCGCACCGACGAGAGAGGCCCCGGCGGCGGCGCCGACACCGCCACCGCCGGCCUGCUGCCGCUGCUGCUGGCGGCCGUCUGCGCCGCCAGCCUGGCCGUCUGAGCAGGGGGACGGCCGGCUCUGCACCCGAGCACGGGUCUCCCACAGAGCGUCCGGUGGGCGCGUGUCACCGUCGCCAGGCCGCUCCCCUGGCGGACGAGACGCCUGAGGCAACCGCGCUCACGGUCGCCGACAGCCAGUCACAAUCACUUCAUCACAUCACUAGUCAGGCUGAGGCCGCACGGUAUCGAGGCAUGUGGCGCGGCCAGUGACGCCCAUCGGGUAAUAUGUGGCCAGCAAACUGCCGGCAGGCACCAUCAUGGCGUCAUCGACACAUAAUCUGAGGGUGAGGCGAACCACUCAAGGCAAUUCGUCUUGACAUAAAGCAUACGACCAAAGUUAAGUGUAGUGUUCCGUGUUUUGCUACCUUGUGGGCAUGAUCGAACGUAAUGAUGUGGUGUAUGAAGAUCUGAUUAAUUGUGAAUUUGUUGUUUCUAUACGCCUGGUCUGCACUUGCAUUUGCGCCAGAAUGUAUUUGCACGAAAUGUCUGUGUCUGAUAUCUCAUCUCAAACGUUAGGUCUGUUUUUAUAUCGACUUGUUUAAUAUCAAGCUCAAGCUAG